AUGCCUUGUCCUAUGCGGACUUCUGCGUCAGAUGUCGACCAGUCGAACACAGCAUCUCCAGAGUAUUUGCCCAUACCUCAACCUCCAGAACAUCUCUUUGGCCUGCUCGGCAACCUACCUGACUUGGAUCCUUCUUUCCCUUCCAAAAACAUAUGGAGUAUGCAACAGCUGUAUGGUCCCAUCAUGAAGUUGAAACUUGGCAGCGAACAAGUCAUACUCGGAGAUCAGCAGCACAUCAAUGAAAUUUGCGACGAGAAAAGAUUCCACAAAAAGCCGUCUGGUGCAUUGGUGGCUAUCCGAGCGCUGACUGGAGAUGGCUUAUUCACAGCCUAUGAUUCGGAGGUGAACUGGUGGAAAGCUCAUCGCAUGCUAGUGCCAGCUUUUGGUCCUAUCGCGCUUCGAUCCAUGUUCGACGACAUGCUCGAUAUUUCAUCGCAAAUGGUACUGAAGUGGGAUCGUCUGGGACCAGAAAACGAGAUCGAGUGCAGCGAUGACUUGACACGCCUGGCUUUUGACACUAUUGGACUUUGUGCUUUUUCAUAUAGAUUCAACGAGUUCUAUACGGACCACGCUCAUCCUUUCGCCCAACAGAUGGCCGAUGUCUUGACCGAAAGUGGUAGGCGUGUUAGCCGCCCAGGGUUCAUCAACAAUUACGUCUACCGCAGUGACGAGCAAAAGCGACAAGAGAAUGUAAAGAAGAUGCACGACCUCUGUGACCAGAUCGUAGCAGAUCGAAAGAAGAACCCUCAACCCGAGAACAAGGAUUUGCUGAACACGAUGCUGAACACUAUUGACAAAGAAACCGGGGAAGGCCUAUCGGACGAGAACAUCAGAUACCAAAUGGCUACAUUCCUUGUUGCUGGGCAUGAGACCACCAGCUCAACCUUAUCAUUCACCUACUAUAAUCUGCUAAAGAAUCCUGAUAAACUCCUCAAGGUGCAACGAGAGGUUGAUGAUGUAGUGGGCGAUAAUGUCUUGGAGCUGCAGCAUCUGCCAAAGCUUAAAUAUCUUGACGCCUGCAUCAAGGAGACUCUUCGUCUUAGCUCCCCCAUUAGCCGCUGGGGUGUUUGUCCACGCGAGGACACGAUGUUGCAAGGUAAAUACGAAGUCAAGAAAGAUGUUCAGCUUAGUGCCAACCUGAGGAGUCUCCAUCACGAUCCUGCUGUCUGGGGUGACGACCAUGAAGACUUCAAGCCAGAAAGAAUGCUCCAAUCCAAUUUUGAGAAGUUGCCUCCCAAUAGCUGGAAGCCCUUCGGCAACGGCAUGAGAUCGUGCAUCGGAAGAGGAUUUGCCGAACAGGAAAUGCUUAUCAACAUCGCGCUUGUGCUUCAGCGCUUUCAACUGGAACUGGCAGAUCCAGCUUAUGAGCUCGAGCUGAAAUCAACGUUAACAAUCAAGCCAUGGAACUUCAGGAUGAAAGCUCGUCGCCGACCAGGCAAAGCACUCACGGUUGGCAUUCCCGGAGGUGUAUCAGCUAACGCUGCGAAGAAACACGAAGAACAGCAUGGGUACGCUCAAGCUGCUCAAGCCCAAGACAGAUCCUCCGAUGCACCUCUGUCGAUCUUCUUUGGUGGCAAUACCGGAACCUGUGAAGCUCUCGCCGAGGACCUGAAAACAAAAUUGGCCGAUCACGGCUUGAGUGCUUCGAUCGAAAGUCUUGACAUAAUGACUGAGCAUACGCCAGAUCAACCUGUUGUGAUCAUCACCUCCUCAUACGAGGGUCUGCCACCUGACAAUGCAAAAAAACUCGUGGCAUGGCUGGAAGAUAUUAGCAACAAGAACACCUCUGCCUUGAACGGUGUCAAGUAUGCAGUUUAUGGAGUGGGAAAUUCAGAUUGGGCAAGCACGUUCCACAGGAUCCCCAAACUCGUUCAUGAGUUGAUGAAGAAAGCUGGCGCUGCAGAAGUCGUCGAUAUUGGACUCUCGGAUGUCAAAGCAGAUCUGUUUGGCCCAUGGGAAGACUGGGUAGAUCAGCUUAUAGAUGCGUUGAUGGAGUCGCGUGGUGCUCGACCUGUCGCUAAGGCCGUCACUGAGGUAAUCAUUCGCGAGUCAAAACUGACCUCACUGCUUGGCGGCAAAGACAUGAACAUCGGAACGGUAAUUGCGAAUGAAGAACUUGCAGGCACCGAAGUGGGGCCUGCGAAGCGACAUAUGGACAUCCGUUUGCCAGAUGGCAUGAGCUACACCGCGGGUGACUACCUUGUAGUGCAGCCUCGCAAUCCGGAUGAAACAGUGCACAGGAUCCUAUCAUACUUUGGUCUUCGCGAAAAUGACAUGCUUGAAGUCAAAGGAUCAUCCAAAGUCUUCCUUCCGACCGAGCCCACUCCUGUCGGCGAGUUUCUUUCUGGAGCUGUUGAACUCAGUCAGCCAAUCACGAAGCGUCAACUAGAGGCUAUCCUGUCACACGCGACUCCCGAACAGCAGGAGGAAUACAAAGGGUUCCUCCUGGACGCUUCUUACCAACACUUGCUUGAGAAGCGCUAUAGCAUCCUUGAUAUCCUUGAGGAGACCGCGAUCGCCCUUCCGUUUAGUGCUUACAUCGAUAUGCUUCCAGCUUUGACGCCUCGUCAAUACUCCAUAGCCUCGUCUUCUCUCGAACCGGCAAACAACCCACAGGCUAAGCAGCAUGCAGAUGUUGUAUCCCUGUGCUUCGACGUCCAUACUUCGCUGGCACUUUCUGGCCAUGGAUCUUUCUUCGGUGUCACAUCCACAUACCUGGCAUCUCGUCGCAUCGGUGACCGUAUCUCAUGCUUCGUCCGUCCCACAAAUGUUGGUUUCCGACUUCCAGGUAAUGUUGAGACACCCGUCAUUAUGUUCGCAGCCGGCACAGGCAUUGCGCCGAUGCGAGCUUUCCUACAGGAAAGAGCUGCCAUAGCAGCAGCUGGUGCACGAAAACUGGGACCCGCUAUCCUGUUCUUUGGCUGCCGCCACUCAGAGAAAGACUUCAUCUACCGGGAUGAGUUGGCCGUGUGGGAGGAACAGGGCGUCGUCAAAGUAGUACCGGCUUUCAGUAAGGGUGACUCUGGCCCGCAUUAUGUGCAAGACGCCGUUUGGGAGCAUCGCGAAGAGGUAGCGAAGAUGUUUGCUAAUGGCGGCAAGAUAUACCUUUGUGGAAGUGCGGCACGGCUGGGCAAGAGUGCUGCAGAAGUUUGCAAGAAGAUAUGGUGCGAGAGGAACGAGAAGUCGAUGGAAGAUGCAGAAAAGUGGCUUCAAAGUGUUAAGACUGAUCGAUACAUCAGUGAUGUAUACUGA